AUGUUCCGACCAAGGUUGUCUUCGCUUCCCAAUGGAAGUGCCUUGCAGAACUGCAAGCCCCCCGCAUCGUCUUCUGUGUUCGGUAGCUCGCGCUACACAAGACAUCAUGCGCGGUUUCAUUCCACACAGGCGGACGUCCAGGCUUCGCGUGUGCAGGUAGAGCUGUCCCAAAACCGUAAACCACGGCCGGAUCCGGCAAACCUAUCGUUCGGCAAAGUCUUUACGGAUCACAUGCUAACAAUACCGUGGAAGGCUUCGUCUGGCUGGGGUGCUCCGCAGAUUCAUCCGUACCGGCCGUUCUCGCUUGAACCUAGUGUUGGCGUGUUCCACUAUGCACAGUGUCUUUUCGAAGGUCUCAAGGCCUACCGGGACGAGACAGGAAAGGUCACCCUGUUCCGGCCAGACAUGAACAUGGAGCGGAUGAACACGAGUGCUCAGCGUAUCGCAUUACCAGCUUUCAACGGGGACGAGGUCAUCGAACUGUUGAAGCAGCUGAUUCGUUUAGACAAGGACUGGAUCCCAAAUGUCCCUGGAUAUAGCCUGUAUAUUCGUCCCACGAUGAUCGGUUCGCAGCCCGUUAUCGGUAUCGCCCCACCAAGUGAGGCGCUCCUCUUCGUGAUUUGCAGCCCUGUCGGACCAUACUACCCCGAGGGCUUCAAGCCGGUAGCUCUGUAUGGGACCACCGAGUACAGCCGGGCUGCUCCAGGAGGUAUCGGUGCCUACAAGCUUGGUGCCAACUAUGCUGCGGGAUUGAUCGCCCAGAAGGAGGCUGCGAAGAAGGGCUAUGUUCAAAACCUGUGGUUACACGGCCCCGAACACCAUGUCACGGAAGUCGGCACUAUGAAUGCCUUCGCAGUGUUCAAGCGCCCCGACGGUACUACUGAGAUUGCAACGCCUCCGUUGGACGGGAUGAUCCUGCCUGGUAUCACCCGCGACUCUGUGCUGAACAUCGCGCGGGACCACGUAGCGGGCAAGUACAAGAUUGCCGGCCUCCCCGACAAGUUGGUCGUCUCGGAACGCCAGAUGACGAUGCGCGAGGUCAAGGAGGCUGCUCAAUCAGGCAGCCUGGUUGAAUUCUUCGGCACAGGCACAGCGGCUGUCAUUAGCCCCGUGAACAAGAUUGGUUACCUUGGCGAGGACAUCCAAAUUCCGACUGGGCCUGAUGGCAUGGGUCCUGUUUCGCGUCCGAUCUGGCAGCAGCUGGUCGGCAUCCAAACGGGCAUCAUUCAACACCCAUGGAGUGUUGUGGUUGUGGAGUAG